GAGUCCUGCCGUCGGUGGUGCCAGCUCUACAACGAGUCAUCGCCAGAGUUCUUGGCGGUGGCGCAGAAGUUCGGCGACGCACUUGGCGUGGACUCUUCGUCUGCAUCAGGCCUUGCCGAGAUCUUCGGCAGGAUGGGCAAGCUCCGCAGUUGCCACGAGGUCGGGCCUCAUUUAAAGUUGAUGCGCUUCGUGAGCAUCAACGACUGCUGGGAGUGGCACAGGAAGGAGCUGCGGGGCCUUCGGGCCGUCCUGAAGUUGAUGUCCGACGAGCACGGCAAGGGGGGCGGGCUCUCCACCAUGGUCCACGCGGGCACCAGUCGGGGGGCCACGGACGGAGACGUCCAGCAGGAGAUUUCGAAGCAGGCGGGCACGGUGAAGAGGGCCUACAGCUUCAUCACUGAUGACUUGCACAGCGCGCUAUCCAUCUUUUCGGUGGCGACUAGCUCGCAGCGGCAGGAGUACGGCCACAGGUCGAGCCAGGUCAAGACCAUCGCCCAAGGGAUGGAUUACGACUACAAGCUGCAGACUGGUGCCUGGAAGCUCGAGUUCAGGCAGACGGUCAUCACGUGUAUGAACGACGUGGCGAAGAUCAGGGACGUGGGCUUGCUCGCGACUGGCGACCCGAAUGGCCAGCGCGGCGCCGAGGCAUUCGAAUUCAUGAUGAGGGUGUUGAAGGAGAGGUACGAUUCCAUCGCGCCAGAGCUCUUCUGCUAUCCAGGGAAGUUUCGGAUGGCACUUGGUCGGACUAUGAGCUCCCAGGAGAGGCUGAAAGUGAGGCGAGGUAUCAUCAACUUCGACUGGAGGCUCAUCUUGGAGGUGGAGAAGGCGACAUUGUCCAGACCAGACGCGCAGCAGCUCGUGGGCGACAUAUUCUGGUUGAAAUGGCCGAUCAAUCGACUUGCAUUUUGCCAGAACGAGCGGGAAUUGGGUGCUCCUGGCCUCGACGACAUCACCGAUGGGUUCAUUCGAACUGCGAGUGCCGCCUUGGAGCACUGGCCAGAUUCCAAAGGGCCAGAGGACGUUCACCAACAUAUUCGAGACGAGGGCCGCGCCAAAAGGGAACCUACCAUCGGCCCGACUCGCCUGUACCGGGCACAGCAGGAGGGCAACAUCGCGGGCUCACGCGGCAUGAAAACGUUUCAGUUGAGCGACGAGGAUGUGUCCAGGAACAUUUGCCAUCGCGACCAGCAGGUCUCCGUCGCCAAGGAGUUCCGAGGCGACGUGAGUUAUUUCAGAAUGCGGUCCGACGCGGGCGCGUUCCACGACUAUUACGUGACCAACCCUACGAACUACAAGGUGGCGAACAUCUCCAAGGUGACGUUUCUCGCUGGCGUUGGCAGGGUGCUCUUGGUGUCGGAGGAGCCCAUGACGCCGCUGGCGGCGUCGUUGCUCGCAGGCGCGCCCCUGGCCCUGGACCACAUGAAGAAUAUCGCGGACGUGAUGGGCUUGCACCUCGACGACGCUGCAACGGCUUCGGCGGGGGCUGCUCGCGAGAAGCUGAUUGAAUUGACAUUCGCAGGAUUCCCAGACCUCAUCGCGAAGUGCGCAGCCGCCCUCCACAAGCAGGGCGACUUCGGCGCGGAGGAGCUCGGGGAUGAUUUCAUGAACAUGCUCGAUGAGAUCCUGGCCCACGACGCCCAGAAUUGCAACGAGAUCCAGACGUUCCGCACGGCGUUGAAGCAGCAGAACUUGAAGCGAAUGGCCGAGAAGAGGAAAGGGAGGCGCGAGGCCAAGAAGGCCGCCGCGGACGCCAGGGUCACGAAGAAGAUCGCCAAGGGCAAGCUGGCCGCUGGGAUCGGGGCGAAGCUGGUGAUCGCCAAAGCCGCGGCGGCAGGCGCGGCUGGGCCACUAGCCGCAGAUCCUGCUGGAGGCCCCGUCGGAGGACUUGCAGGUGCUGGCGGCGCCGCGGCUGGGGCCGCCAUAGGCGGUUGCGGCGGCGGCGGCGGCGCGCCGAGCCCAGCGCCGCUCCCGCCUGCGCCGCCUGGCGGCCUUGGCGUUGGCGUUGGCGGCCCCGAUGGCAGCGGCGAUGCCCCGCCCCUGCCGCCCCCGCCGAAAAAGGCGAAGGUUGGCGGCGCCCAUGGCGCACAUGGCCAGAAAAAGCCGCGUGCGGAACCGUUCGGGCCGUGGCAGAUCGCAGAGAUCUGGCAAGGCGGCAUCUGCGUCGGAUGGGAGGGGCGCUGCCUUGACCAUCUCGACCCUGCCAAGCCCAAGUUCACGUGUGUGAAGCACGUCCACAUGGGCAAGGGCACGGACAAUCGGCCUGCCCUGUCGUACGACACGUGCAGGCGGAGAAUGAAGCAGUGGCUGCUGGUCGGACGCGGGAUUCCAAAGUCCCAUCGCGACCAGCACGUGUUCAUGGAUGCUAGGGCCAAUGACUUGCUGCCCAACCCCGAGGCUGAGCUGGGCGCCGCGGCCGAGGCAGAGCUUCUCAAGCGGGAGCGAGCCGCAACUUAG